AUGACCACAUCGCAUCAGCGUCCCCGCGCUGUGCGACGGUCCAGACGGCGGCCACUCUCGGUAGUCCUGCUCGCGCUGCUCUCGGCAUCGACGACCGUGGCGGUGCACCAGUUUCCCUAUGUGCCGACGCAGAUUUUCACGCCGGCCUGCUUCAGCAAGUCGUCCUGCCACGGCGCCGGCCAGACGUACAUGUUCAAGCAGGCCGACGACGGCAGCGUACAAUUUCUCUCCUUCGACUACAACAACAAGCUCAACGCCGACCUCAAUCCCAAGGUGCUCUCCAGCCAGCUGCCCUUCUUGCGCGACGCCGACCCCGCGACGGCCUUUGGCGCCGUUCGCACCGCCAAUGGCUCCGUGCUGGUCUACACCGGCGUCUGCGGCGGUGACGCAGGAUCCGUCUGGUCUUUUGAUGACAGCAAAGACAGCGCCACGACCGAGGGCGGUGGUGCCUGGACGAAGCGUACCACCCGCAACACGGCCAAGAACACGAGCCCCGGCGGCGCUCCCUUCUUCCUCGGCGGCACACUGGCCUUCACCGCCAAGCUCGCGCCCGUCAUGGACCAGCCGACCUUGUACAGCUACGGCGGCAUGUGCGAGACGCCGGGUACUGAUGCCAAGAACUGGCAGGCCAACGCCAACUACACCAAGACGAUGCUGAGCCUAGCACCAGGCAGCAGCGAUGCGCAGACGGACUACGAUGCCUUUAUUGCAUCGACGGCCGGUCCACGCUCGCCGUUUGCCGGAUUCACGCUCACGCCCCAGCCGCCCUCGAUUACCAACAUCUCAGGCACCGUGACGCAGAAGAUGACAUAUAUCCUGCUCGGCGGGCACACGCAGACGGCAUUCAUCAACAUGAGCACCGCAGCGGUGUGGAGCUUGCCCGAGCAGGCGUGGUCGUACAUCGACAUCAAGCAGCCCGUCGGCAAGACGGCCAAUGCAGAACUAAUCCGCAGCGGCAGCAAGAGCAGACGGGGCGACGACGUCGACGUGCCCGAGGUCACGAGCCGAUCCGGCCACACGGCUAUUCUCAGCCAGGACGGAAGCGAGGUCGUAGUCAUGGGCGGCUGGGUGGGCGACGUGAGCACGGCGGCAGAGCCUCAGUUGGCGAUCCUGAAGAUGAGCCAAACAUACAACUCGUGGAUGUGGGCGGUGCCGGAUGCGCAGCCUGAGGGCGAUGCUAUAUACGGCCACGGUGCUGCUCUGCUGCCGGGGAACAUCAUGAUGGUCUAUGGUGGGUGGACGAUUAACGCGAGCGACAGCGCGUCAGCGAGCAAGAGAGCAGCGCCCGAUACCGCGAGAUUCCUGAACCUGACCUCGAUGGCGUGGACCCAGGAAUAUAAGCGACCGCCGCCAAGUCCAAGCGACCCUGACGCCCCGAGCAUCGGUUCGAAUGAUCAAGGCUCAAGCAAUCGCUCUCGACAACUCGGCCUAGGCCUAGGUCUGGGCCUUGGCCUGGGCUUGCUGCUGCUCAUCGGCGCCAUUGCGCUCUUGUGCUGUCUCCGCCAACGCAAACAGCGCAACGAGGUGAGACGUGACGAGGCCGCGCAGGCCAUGGCUCGGGAUGCCGAGUUCUUUAACGAUCGCGACGAUGUCAUGGAGCCGCCAGCGGGCUAUGGUCAAUGGGGCUGGUUCGGCUCGCGCGACAAUCACAACAACCAACACAGCAACUACAAUAAUAGCCGGCAGACGUACAGCGAAAAGGCACAGGGCGGCUACGAGAGCCUGUCCAUGAGCGGUGCCUCUGGCGAGCAGCAAAACACGAUUCCUAGAAAACCUGUCAGCGGCCAGCUCCGUGGUGGCUAUGUGCCCUACCUGCCGUCGUCCGACGCGCGAAGAAUGUCCAACUUUUCCUCGCCCCCGGGCCAGAUUCACCCGAUUCUAGAAGAUGACGAAGAUGAAGACCACUUUCGCGAAAAGGAGCUCCUGACGCCCUCGUCGGAAACGCACCCGGAUCCGUUCCAGACCCCGCCGGGCACGAGUUACAAUGCUGCUGCGGCGGCGGGUGUAGGCGCGGCGGCGGCGGGUGCGGAAGCCAUGUUUGCCAUUCCGAGCCGUGGCACGCCGAGCCCCGAACGCCCGGAUCGUGAGGUGCAGGAGUGGUCGUCGGAAGCGGACGGGGGUGCCGAAGCGCUUCUAACAAAAUAUGCCCGCAACCGCGCUGGCCGAGGCUCGCCGACGCGUGGGGACUGGCACCACCAUUCGGCGCAUCACGACGACGACUCCCGAAGCGGCUCCAACUUGUCCGAGUCGACGCGCAGUGCCGCGGACAGCUUGCUCGCAGGCGCUGGUGUAUACCAUAAGAAGGCCGCCAGCUCCUCGUCCGGUAGCUACCGCACGGCCAAGUCUGGCUUUGGCAACCUCCAAGCCGAGGCACCUGGUCUGCUCCGGGGAAGCGGCUACGAUGAGUACGAUCACAUUCCCGUUCCCGGAUCGCCCUCGAAGAAUAAACCCCGACGGACAUGGCUCGGUUCAUUACGCCGCGUCUUCUCUGGCUCUGAAUCAGCCUCCUCCCCCGGGGUGUCGGAGCGCGAAGAGAGCCCCCGUCGACCGUCCCUGGAGCGCGUCAGCGCCGAUUACGAGGCUCCUCUCGCAGGCGUCAGCGGUGAAAUCCUGCGAAGGAAGCAGGGCCGCGGCGGCUGGAAUCUGAGUGACCCUCCGCAGAGCGAACAUGACGUGUCGGAUUUAGACAGCAGCAAGCGCCGCCUGAGCGGUACGGCUGCCGCGUGCGAGACUGACUGGGACAUUGAGCGCGCCAUUGAGCAGCGUCUCGUACAGGUCAUGUUCACGGUGCCCAAGGAGCGGCUGCGAGUGGUGAACGCCACCGACAACGACAAUAAGGACGACGACGACAACGACGACGACGACGACGACAUGCCGCCGCCGCCGCCGCUGUCCAUCACCAAGCCCAAGCCCAAACCGAGCGCGCUGGUGCUCGACCCUCCACGUAUCCGCGAGCCGCAGACGGCCGAGGUGCUGGACUCUGUGAGCCAGCUCUCAAGCGAGUCGUCUGGGCAGCAAUCACACCAGCAGCUGCCCCCGCCGCAGAUGGUGGUGCUGGGACCAAAAGACGACACGACGCACACGGGCGGCAGCCAGAUGUCACCAUUUAUAACGCCGUCGCUGCGCAGCCUCACGCCCGUCACGUCGUACGGCAAGCGUUCCGGCGAGCACGACGACUUGGACCGCGAGGCGAUGCUGCGCAUGAGCCGGCAGGGCGCGCUCGCGGAGAAUGGUCUGCUGCGCGAGCCUCGACUCAGUCACUCAACCGACGGCGACGACGACCGCCGGCGCUCGUCCAUGGCGGUGUAUGGCACGGCCGAGGCGGUGACGCUCGAGAGGGCGCGCGCCAAGUCGAGGGUGCUGCAAAUGGUGGACUCGAUUGAGAGUCGUGAGGCGAGUCCGGAGCGCAAGGAGCCAUCAUCUCCUCUGACGUGA